UCUCUUCUCCCUCUCUCCCUCUCCUAAUUUUUGCCUUGGUUUUUACUUAAAAUCUGUAAGUCCUUUUUCUUAUGCGAAAUGGGGCUACGUCCGCAAUGGAGGUCUUAUUUUAGCGUGAUGUGAAGUUCAGCUCUCUGAUUAUGCUAUUUCUUGGAGUUCUUCAAUAGAAUUGGUUUGCCUAGUAGCUCUGUUGACCUCAUUGGCUACAAUUUGAAAUUCUACUUUGUUUUUCCUCUUUUCCCCUUCUACACGGGUCUUCUAAGAUUUAAUGACUCUGGAUUUAGAAUUUUGCUAAUGUCUGUGGCUUUCUCUUGGCUGACGAGAAAAUGCGGGAGUAGGGAGUAGGGAGGAGCUUGGGCUUGAAAAACUUCAGAACUUCCUUUGUCUCUCGCCGAGACAAACUGGAAUCUCUGUUCAUUUGAGUUUUCGGCAAGACCACGUUUCACUGGUAUUGUGGAUGGAAAUGGCAAUAUGCCUCUUAACUGUUCAUGCUUUCAGUUAAUGGAGACGAGUUAUGAUCAAGGAGAUCAGCAUUGCUCUCUAGAUGUUUUCCCCAUUCUAAUUGAGGAGGCUUCAUUUCCAGCGAGAGAGAAAUGCCCGCUAAAUAGCUCAAAUAGUCAAGAUGUGUAUAGCAUUUCUGUGUUGCGUGACGAAGACAAUACCAGUCAGCAGUGUGCAUCACAGCUAGCUUUUUUAAGCCUCUUAGAAGUUCCCUUUCCAUCUAAGUCUAAUAUAUGCCUGGAUGCCCAAUUGAAUUGCCAUAACUGCUUUGAUUUGCAAAUGGAAGGAGCAGAUGCUUUUCCACCAUGCAUUGUGAAUAUAAACAUGGAGAAGGAAAAUUCAGAAGCAAUUAAGUCCACUGAUGAAGCUGUUGGAAGUAUAAAAACCGAGGGUGUAGUAACUCAUAUGCAAAAGGUGUUGCAGAGACAAGCAAGCUUGAAUGUAGAUAAAUCAUUCACUGAGCGGGUUCAUGAUGCACCAACCAACAGAUGGCGAAGAUACAAGCGUGCUGCCUCAUUUGAUUCAAGGAAAAUAGUCCUUCUAUUCUCCAUCUUAUCGAGUUUGGGGACAUUGAUAUUGAUUUAUCUGACGCUGAGAGUGAGACAAAAUGGCGAUGGUUUCAAUCACGUCUGAUGGAUUUAGCUUUUAUCCUUACAGCCUCUUUUGAUUCCUGCUUGGAUUUUGAUUGUUGUUGAAGUUUGGUCCCUGGAACUGUUGUGAUUGGAGUUCCCUUUCUCCUAGUUUUCAAUUUUUUUAGUGUUAAUAGUUCGCCUAUCUCUGUGCAUAACCAAUGCUUUCAUUCAAGUCAUGUACUCACUUUCUCCCUUUCUCUCUACUUAAUUUUAGGUGU